CCUGGAGAUGAUGGCUGGGAGUGGCGCUAUGACAACUAUAGCCAGCGAUCGUACUUCUAUAAUCGCUUCACUCAAGUCAGCCAGUGGCAAAACCCUCGUGAGCCGGAUGCUCAUGCAUAUGUGAACGGAUCGUAUGACAGGUUUGCUUUCAACUUACAAUUCUCAUUUGCCUACGUAACCUAAUAAUUUUCAUGCCUAGAUAUGCUGCAAAUGUCGCCCCUGGUACUUCCAACACUGCUGGCGCCCCAGGAGCAGCUCCUGGAACCGUUGUAACUACUGGUGCACCUGGCACUUCGGGUCCGCCCAAGCGUCGUCCGGCUGGGGGCUAUAACCCGGCCAUACAUGGUAAUUAUGAUCCGAAUGCGGAUUACGCGAUUGAGGCGCGCAGACAGGAGGAAGAAGAUGAGGCGGCUGCUGAGGCUGCUGCUGCGGUUGCUGCAGGCCUUCCACAUCCAACUCAGGACUAUUCAACAACAGCCCAUUUCAAUCGCUUCACCGGACGCUACCAAGCUUCGGGAAUCAACCCGAACAACCACAGCGACGAAGCCAAGUCUCAAAGGCAAAUGAAUGCCUUCUUUGAUGUCGACGCCGCUGCCAACUCCCACGAUGGACGCAGCCUGAAAGCCGAGCGCCGGGCCAAACAACUCACCAAGAAGGAACUCCAGGCGUUCAAAGAUAAACGACGAGAGAAAAAGGAGGAGAAACGUCGUGCCUGGCUGAGGGACUGAAUUUCCCGUGAAAAUAGGAAUUGCAACAGCAAUACACCACAAGAUCAGGUUUGAAUAAUCAUUGGAAGAGUAAUCCCCCUUAGGGGGGUAACCCAAUUGUACACUAGAUACCCCGCCAUUGCUCGGCUCUUCAGAAGGCGACCAGCCCAGAGCUUUCUAUGUAAUAUUUAGAAGAAGCAAGAUCACCACCGUCCCGUCACGGUUCCCACGGCGACCGGGCUACAUGCGCGGCGCAUACUCUGUGCCACGUGGUUAUGGCCAUCGCCGCUCGGGGGUGUUCAAUCUUGCCUCCUGACGCAUCGGACAACCUCAGGUCCUUUGUCCAUGUCAGCAAUAUAAGUUUAAUAUCCUGCAUGCU